AUGAUCAGCUUUUUCGAUCCUGAAGCGCGAUUUGAAAUACAGCGUAUUGCUGCCAGAUGGACACUCUAUUUGCUUACCGAGGAUCAAAAGAAACAGCGUGUUUCGGCCGCCCAAAAAUUGUUGAAACUGUACCCUAAAUUCAAUCAGCGAACAUUUUCUAACUUUGUGACUGGUGACGACACAUGGGUGCAUUAUUAUCAGCCAGUCAGAAAGUGCAGUAACACAAUAUGGACCACCAAACAGGCAAGGAGACCUUCUGAAGCUAAAAGAAUCAUAAGUGUAAAGAAGGUCAUGUACUACGCUGUUUUCUUCAAUAGUCGUGGAAAAACUGUUCAGGUAGCGAUUCCGCGUGGUAGAACAGUUACAGGCAAAGUAUAUUGUGAGGUUGAAAAGAGACGCUCAGUGCUUGGUUUAUUAGGUAUGACCUUACUGCAUAUCAAUGCUCCGGCUCUCAAGUCCUUUAUAGUGACACAGUUUUUGAAGCACAAAGGCGUGUCUGUUCUACCACUCCCUCCUUACUCGCCCGUUCUUGCCCCUUGUGACUUCUUUUUAUUUCUGAACCUCAAAAAAUUAUUUGAUGGUCGCAGAUAUCACGACAGAAAUGCUUUAGGGUCAGCCAUUUUCCAGUAUCCCCAGACUUUAGCCAAAAGAGACUAUGAAGAUGCUUUUCAGUAG